AUGUCUUCCACCAAGCCCGAAAUCCCUCCGCCGCCCUCGGACCCAUCGGUCCUUCUGUCCUAUCCAGCCCCGUUCGUGCUUCUAGUGACCAUCAACCGCCCGAGACAAAUGAACAGCAUCCCCUACCCUAUCCACUGGCACCUCCAUCGAGUUUUUGAAUGGUUCGACAAGGAACCCACGUUGCGCGUGGCGGUCAUCACGGGCGCCGGACCAAAGGCCUUUUGCGCCGGCCAGGACUUGAUCGAGCUGGGGAAACGCGACCCCAAGGUUCUUGAGGAGAAACCGUACUUGGGAUGGCAUCCGACCUCCGGGUUUGGUGGGAUCAGUCGCAGAGUCGGCAAGAAGCCGAUUAUUGCGGCGGUUAAUGGGUUUGCGUUGGGUGGUGGCUUUGAAAUUGUUUUGAAUUGCGACAUGACAGUCGCCUCUCCCACGGCAACAUUCGGCCUCCCCGAAACCCUGCGCGGCAUCUACGCCGGCGCCGGCGGCCUUCCCCGACUCGUGCGCAACGUCGGGCUCCCGCUGGCCUCGGAAAUCAGCAUGUCCGGCCGCACGCUCUCGGCCUCUGAGGCCCUCCAGUACCAGCUGAUCAACAAGAUCUCGAAAUCCCGCGAGUCGUGUGUCGACGAGGCUGUGGAACUAGCGAAAAAAGUAGCCGACAUCAGUCCCGAUGCCAUUGUAGUCACGCGCGCCGCACUCCGCGAAACGUGGGAGACGGCCAGUGUCGAGCGCGCGUACCAGUUGGUCGAGGAGCGGUAUAAAAAGGCCUUGGUGGAGGGCGAGAACUCCAGGGAAGGACUGGCUGCUUUUGCGCAGAAGAGGAAGCCGGUUUGGGUUCCUAGCAAAUUGUGA